UGUGUGUUUGCUUGUUUGUGCGGCUUCAAGGAUUAUGAUGUUAAUAGCGUUAGGGGUUGGGUAUUUAUCAGCCGUGAGUCUAACGCGAAUUCAAAAGAAAAAAAAAUUACAAAAAAUUAAAACAAAACAAACAAAAAAGAGAUGAGGAAUGGGUUUGUUUAUCUAAAAAUAGCAUGGAAGUUUGAUUUCAGUCGUUUCUCAUACGAGGUUUGGGUUCCCUUGAAGAAUCACGGAUUGCGGAUUCAUGGCGUAGCAUGUCUCUUUCUCUCCCUCUCUCGAUCUAGCUCUAGCUCUAGCGUUGUGAUUUGGAUCGAGGAUGACCGUAGAAGGGAAGAGCAAAGAGGCGAGCGGCGACCUGCCGCCGCAACACCAGCUCCAUUACGGGACAUUUCAAGGCAUUCCCAACUACCCUCCGCCGCUUCCUCAACCGGUCAUUGGUUUCCCACAGCCGGUUCCGCCGCCCGCCGCCAACGCCCGCUACUAUCCUUUUGGCUAUCAGAAUGUUCAUACUUCGGAUAAUCACAAUCCCAAUGUUAAUAUUCAUUGGAACCGCGCCGGUUAUCCUGUUGCUGAAGGGAGACCCAUUGGAGAGCGCCGUCUUCCUUGUUGUGGUAUUGGGUUUGGCUGGUUCUUGUUUAUUAUUGGCUUCUUUCUUGCCGGAAUUCCUUGGUACAUUGGAGCUUUCCUUCUGCUUGCUACCCGAGUGGAUUACAGAGAAAAACCUGGGUAUAUUGCAUGCACAAUAGCUGCUAUCCUUGCCCUCAUUGCGACUACCUUUGGUGUAACAAAGGCAACUAAUGCCUGGUGAGUGGUGAAGUUUAUACAGGCUGCAGCAAGAAGUGUAUAUUCCUGUCCUAAAUCACAAAACACAACUCACUGAGGCAAUCUUAAAGAUGAAAAAUGAGAAGAGCAUGGAAUAUAUGCUUUCAUAAAAACAAUCUGAAAUCCAAUUGUGAUCAUUUAGGCCCAACUGUGUGCAUCUCAUUGCACCUCUUUAUCUCAAUAGAGCAUUGAUGGUUUGAAUUUCCUGCUA